CCCACGCUUCUCAGUAGAAACGAAAUAGUAAGCAGAUCUAUUUCCAGCGCGUCAAACCACACUAUCGAUGAUGUCGUGCGCGUACUGAAUUUAACUACCAAAUGUAUCAACAGCAUUUACCCCUUGCUUCUGGUGCUUCUGGGGACCCCAGCCAAUGCAUUGACUUUCAGUGUAUUGCGACGGCAAGUGUACGGGCCCGGGAUGACGACGGUACUCAAGUGGAUGGUGUGUAUUGACAGCAUCAUGUUGUGGACAAUCAGCCCGCAUUUGUGGCUGUCUGGAGCCAUUAACCUGGACCCCUGGUGGUGGUCACCGAAAGUGUGCAAAUUCCACGCAGCGUAUUUGCUUAGCUUCUCCAUGGCCUGUAAUUGGACCCUGGUGAGCAUCGCGUGCCUGCGCUUUGUCUACGUGCGCUUCCCCUUCUCAGCGCAGAAAAUUUGCUCACCGAUGAAAAUGACGGUGGGCCAGACGUGUGUGGUCGUGAGUUCGUUCCUCAUGGGCCCGUCCGUCUUCUUGUUCAGUUCCCACGACUCGCUUUUCGAGCUGAGGCCGAGGACCCGAUCGAUAGACCAGUGCGCCGUGCAGGUCUCAACAAAAUUUGAAUUUUUAUUAGACUAAAUUCCUACUAAGCUUAGUGUCCAUGAGAACUAGAGCGGUCGAACUCAGCUCAAUGUUGUCUCCAGAAAGAUGGGUUUGGUUUUUUUCCGUUUUCAGAAACAUUAUGAUACUGAAUCGGGUUUUGGCUUGAUCUACGAUGAAAUCGUUCAAAACAUCUACGUAGAAAUAGUUCUAAUUAUUUGACAGAUAGAUGUAAGAGAGAAUAUUAUUAUUAUUCCAUUAUAGAGAUACGUUUAAACAAAAGUGUAUGAAGAACGCUCUUCUUCUCUUGGACACGUUUAUGCCACAUUUUCUUGUAAUGUUUUGAUCCGUAAGAAAAACUGAAGUCUCUAUCUUUCGGAAACCCGUUGUGUGAUAAGAUACCAUUAAAUUACAAAUGCAUAACAACUUUGGGGAUCUGAAAUCUGCGGAAGAGGUACAUGAUUAAAUCUAGGGCGAGU